AUGCCGUUUACUCAUAGCAGCAAGGCAAAGAGGCCGAAAUUCCUACUAAAUUUGCAGAUCAAAGAACUGGUGAAUAUCCCUCAAUCUUCUGGGUUUUGCUACACGAAGUGGCGCCUGAAGGAUGGAACAGGGACCUCAGGACAUAAGACAGCUCUGGAUGGAGAGCACCAAUCCGCGUCGACUCAGAGUAGAGGUACAACGCAACACGUACACGUGCAGCAUCAUAGGGCACAGUGGAAUUACUCAUUAGACAAGCCAGUUCUCGUCAAGCUUCACUUAGACAAAAAUGGAAAAUUUCUGAAGAAACCCUUAGUACUAGAGGUAUUUUUCGAGUUUGCUGAUGGGAGCUCCACGUCAAAUUUGAAUUCCAGUCCCAAUGUUAAAGUGAAGAAAACCACCAAUUCUAACGCAACUGCGCUAAUGGCUAUUGGUAACAACUCAUACUCCCAAAAGGUAACGGGCAAGCUACUCUUGGGGACAGUGGACAUAGACGUUGCAGAAUAUGUCAAGGAAGACGAAACUCCAACUACAAAUAGAUUCUUACUGAAGCAUUCAAAGGUAAAUUCUAUCAUUAACGUGUCACUGCAAUUAAAACUGAUAAGAGGCUCCUAUGAAGAUUUCAAGGUUUCAAAAUCGGUUACUAAUGACCAACUCGCUAAUUUUCGACCGGGAAUAAACACUAUACUGGACAAUUCAUCCGAAUUGUCCACUCCUACAUCCACGACGAAUCAAACGUCAACCAACAACACCUCCCCAAAUACGAACGGUAGCGGUAACGGCACUUCCGUACCAAAACCAACUAACAAUGGGGCACGAAAUGGUACAAGUAUCAAAUCACCGACAUCUAUAAACACUAAGAGUAACGGAGCAGCAACUAGGACAGGACUGUCCACGACGAUAUCGUCUUCGAUGACCCCGUUGAUUGAGAGCUUAUAUCAGAAGACGUUCAAGUUACCUUGGGAUCCAAGACCAGGCGAGUUUACACCAAGAGAAUGUGUAGAAGAUAUUUUGCAAGGCGGAAACGGAUGGGCUAAGAAUGAAAAGGGCAUAAAUCUAAUCGAUCUGCAGGCAUUGAAGUUGAACGAAUUAGAGGAAGACUAUUACAACCCGAAUUACGGCAAAAGCGCAGCGAGCAAAGCAAGCAAUUGGCCUCCAAAUCCAAACGAUGAUGGUUACAGUAGCAUGGAUAAAAGAGAGUAUUUGGAAAAGAAACAAAACUGGAGUCACAUGUCACGUGCACAACGUGCGAAGCUGAGAACUCAUAAUGACGACGAUCACGAAAAUUCAGAUAAUGACAAGAACGCUAACGAUAGUAGUGACGUUAUAGAAGACAACAACCCCACAGACUUUUUGACAGACAGAAUAAGAGAAAACAAGAGCUGGUCUAUAACCAGUCCCUCGGGAUAA